AUGAGUGAUUACAAUCGGCCACCGCCCAUCUUCGGAUUUGGGAGCAAUAAUAAUCAGCAACCUCCGCCUUUCAGUAUUCCUCCUCCUGCUGCUGACCAAGCUUGUCCAAUGGAAAUUUGUGAUGAAGGGCCUCAACAACUGAAUAACACUUUUAUGGAGAACCACAGCAUUAAUCGUGCGUCUUUCCAAGAAAUUCAUUCUCAUCAAAAUCAAGAUUUCUCACUCAACAAACAGUUUGGAAUAUACGAAAUAUCAGUCUUGAUUAGCAACCAGAACGAUGUUGGAGUGGCAUUGGCAAAGCCGAUUAUCCUAGAGAAGAUGAAAGAAAAUGCUGAUUGCGUGUUCUCGCCGCUCUCUCUUAACGUCCUACUGAGCUUCGUUGCAGCAGGGGCCAAAGGCUCCACUCAGCAUGAGCUCCUCUCUUUCCUCAAGUCCACAUCCCUUGAGCAGCUGAAUUCCUUGUCCGCAGUCCUUGUGAAUUCCGUACUAGUUGAUGGCAGUCGUUGUGGUGGCCCUCGCUUGUCCUUUGUCAACGGAGCUUGGGUUGAUCAGUCACUCUCUUUUAAGCCCGAGUUCAAGAACAUUUCUGACAAUGUAUACAAAGCUUGUUCUGAACAAGUUGAUUUUGCAAAGCAUGCUGAGAAGGUAAGAGCUGAAGUGAAUAACUGGGUUGAAAAAGAAACAAAUGGUCUCAUCAAAGACCUUAUUCCCGAUAAUGCCGUGAACAACGAGACUAGAUUGAUUCUUGCGAAUGCUCUGUAUUUUAAAGGAGUUUGGGAGCAGAAGUUUGAAGCAUCAGUGACAAAAGAGCAUGACUUUCUCCUCUUAAAUGGCGGCACAAUCAAAGUCCCUUUUAUGACCAGCUGGAAAAGACAAUACAUAAGUGUCUAUAAUGGUUUUAAAGUCUUGCGCCUUCCUUACCAACAAGGCCAGGAAAUGAAUCGACACUUCUCCAUGUACAUAUAUCUCCCUGAUUAUAAGGAUGGGCUGCAGGAUUUGGUGCAAAAAGUUGUUUCUCAAUCUGGAUUCUUUAAGCAUCAUUUGCCAAGGGAAAAAAAGUUGGUUGGUGACUUCCGCAUUCCGAAAUUCAAGAUUUCAUAUGGGAUUGAAGCGUCAGGUGUUCUAAAAUAUCUAGGCCUUGUUUUGCCUUUUACUGAAGGCCUGGAUGACAUGGUAAACUGCAAUCUAGCUGUUUCUCAAGUUUAUCACAAAUCCUUCAUCGAAGUUAACGAACAAGGUACAGAAGCUGCUGCCGCGAGUGCUGCGGUUAUGAGUUUUGGUUGUGCUGCUGUUGCAGUUCCUGAGCAAGUGGUAGACUUCGUUGCGGAUCAUCCAUUUCUUUUCAUUAUUACCGAAGACCGAACUGGAUCACUAUUGUUCAUGGGUAGUGUGGUUAAUCCUCAUACGUCUUGA